AAGAUAAUUGAGUUGACACCAUGGGACAUUCUCGAGCUUCAAAUUGAGUAUGGUCAAGAUGGAGUCCUCUGUUACAUGCCUACAAUUCAACAAGUAAGAGAAGUAACAAAAGCAACCAAUACCACUUCCUUGAUUGAUCAUCUUAGAGUUUCACUAUCUCGAGUUUUGGAUUUCUUCCCUCCAUUCUGUGGCCGCCUUGGGGCGGUCACAACAACAGAGCAGAGUGGAGCCACUUCUUUCUUCAUUAAGUGUAACGAUGCUGGUGUUCAAUUCAAUCAUGCCAUAGCUGAUGGUGUUACAGUUGACGACAUCUUGGAUCAAUCAAAGUGCGUUCCACAUGUGGUAGGUGAUUUUUUCCCAUUAAAUGGAGUUCGAAAUUUAGAGGCUACAUCCAAACCAUUUUUAAGUGUGCAAGUAACAGAGCUUGUUGAUUGCAUUUUCAUUGGAUGCACGGCUAAUCAUGCAUUACUUGACGGAUCAUCUUUUUGGCAUUUUUAUAGUUCUUGGGCUGAGAUAUCUUCUGGUUUCUAAUAAUGUCAUAUCAAAAAUCCCCUUUUUGAAACGUGAUGAAUUCCCUUUCAAAGUUGACAAUUUCUCUAAUCGCAUUUCCAUACCAAAUGAAAGAAUCAAUAGCAAUAGCAAUAGCACACAUGAUCCACCAGUAUUGCAAGAAAAGAUAUUUCAUUUUACCAAAGAAAGUAUAGCCAAACUAAAAGCAAAGGCUAAUCUUGAAAUGAAAACCACCAAAAUAUCUUCUCUUCAAGCUGUGUUGGCUCAUGUUUGGCAAUCCGUUAUACGUUGUCGUAAUCUGGAUCACAACGAAGAGACUACUUUUGAGGUACCAAUUGACAUGAGGAAAAGAUUGAAUCCUCCUUUACCUGAAGGGUUCUUUGGAAAUGCAAUUUACCCUGCUACCAUAACGGUGAAAACAGGGGAGCUACUGGAGCACGGGGGAUUCGCAUGGGCUGCUUUACAAAUAAAUGAGAUGAUUGCUUCUCAUGAUCAUGAAAAGUUUAAGUGCAUAUACGAGAAUUGGAUGAAGGAUCCAGAGGUAACAAAAUUGGGUGAUUUGCCAAGUAAUUACUUUAUGUUGCACAACUCUCCGCGAUUCAAUUUUAACGAGUAUGAUUUUGGUUGGGGAAAGCCAAUUGCACAGAGAGGUGGGGUGUCAAACAUGUUGGAGGGGAAAAUUGAUGUGUCACCUGGGCUAGAAGAAGGGAGUAUUAUUUUUGAGAUUUGCCUUUCUCCAAACGCAAUACAAGCAUUGGAGGAACACAAAAUGUUUUUUGGUGUGGAAUGAACAAUUAAAUUAUUAAGUAGUGUAUUUCUUGUUAGAUUAUAUUUAU